AACACCUUGUACAUUGUUAAAAUGUUCAGUGGGGCAAGGAGAUUACGAGAUGCCAAUGUCCUUGGUUAUCAAUUACAAAGGGUCCCAGGACGAGCUCUUUCCAGAUGCACUGAUGAUUUUGAGAUUCUACAUGGAGAUCUUCAAGGUCUUCCAGAUACAAAGAGUUUCUCAAAGAGGUUGGCAGAGCUAGAUACUGCAUAUGACUCUGAGAAGAGUUUAUCAAAGAGGUUGGCAGAGCUAGAUACUGCAUAUGACUCUGAGAAGAGUUUAUCAAAGAGGUUGGCAGAGCUAGAUACUGCAUAUGACUCUGAGAAGAGUUUAUCAAAGAGGUUGGCAGAGCUAGAUACUGCAUAUGACUCUGAGAAGAGUUUAUCAAAGAGGUUGGCAGAGCUAGAUACUGCACAUGACUCUGAGUAGAAGACUACUUGUAUGCUAGACACUGCAUACAAGUUAACAUUUAACUUGGCCUAUAGCUGGUUGGUUUUUUUCCUUUAGUACGAACAAGAACAGUCAUUUGAGUUCUCAUAUGAUAUGGUAUUUGAAACCUUUAUGUUCGGCAUUGAAAUGACAUGUUUUAUACCUCAAAAGGAUGAAGAUCUGAUAUCUUCUCCUCACCCCACCCGCGAGCUGCUUUCCCAUAGUCCCAAUAACCGACCAUCAUUGUAAUAGUGGCGACCUUUCAGUUUUACAAAGACCACUCUGCC